AGCUCUGUUUUGAUUACUGUUUGUUCUUUUGCAGAAGGACUCAAAUAUCUUUAUCAAAUAUUGUUAAUAAUGGAUGACCAGGGAUGCCCGAGGUGCAAGACGACGAAAUACAGAAAUCCAUCUCUGAAGCUGAUGGUCAAUGUGUUUGGGCACACGCUACCCAUGAGCAGGAGGAGUUGGAGUAGCUGUUGUUACAGGAGCAGCAGGAUUCAGAGCAGAGGAGACUGGAGACCCUCCAGGAGGAACAGAGACAACUACAGGCCAAGAGAAAAAACAAACAGGCCCUGCUGGAUGAGCUGGAGAGUUCCCAGUUACCUGCGGCUGUGCUCUUGGCCCAACAUAAAGAUCGAGCCACCCAACUGGGAACCCAGAUAGAAAAACAGAAACGGAAUGUCAAACCAACAAACCUCUUCUCUACUGGAAUACUGAUGGGUCAGACAGUGUCUUUGGCUCCUGUGACUCGUGUGGUGGAAGUGUUGUAUGUCUAUCAGCCUGUGUACAUUGACACAUAUGGCCCACCCGUUCCAGAACUGGAUCAGUUGGGUCGAAUUGGGUAUCUGAAUCAUGUGCGCACAGCAUCUCUACAGGACCAGGCUGGUGGAUAUAUAUCGGAACUGGCAUGCCAUCGUGCCAUCCAGGAUGCUUUUAGUGGCCUUUUCCCCUCAUGACAAAACUACAUGGACUUUCGAUCCUCCUGUCCAUCUGCCUAUGUCCAGGGAAAGUCUCUCACAUAAAAGAGAGAGGCUGAAAGUGUUUGGAUGCACAAGGAUCAUGAGAUAGAUUCCUUUUGAGGACUCCAUAAUGUGAACGUGACUCUUUCAGCAGGCCUAGUUUAGAAUAUACAGCCCUUUGGGGUUUAGUGACGUGUGAUAUGAAGAAGUUUAAUAGGUGUUAUUGAUAUUUGUGUAACAUUUAAGUUAAAUAAA